UUUCAUACGUACCUGUACAAUUUCUUUGCACAUUAUGCUGGACAGAGUUACACAUCCGUUCUCAGUCCAGCAUAGUUCAGUGUUCAUAAAAUGGACGGCAAUAAAGCGGAACGCAAAGUCAACACAGUGUUCAGUGAGAUGACCAGUGUGACCAGUGUGACCAACACAUUGUCAGUACGUGAGAAGUUACGGCGUGUGUGCCGUUAAUGUGAUGUAAUACCAUAAAACAGGAAAGAUAGAUAAGAAGCAUUUAAAACCCAGUAUUUAGAACCAUUAGUGUUUUAUGGAAGUUCCAAGUUGUUUUACGUAGUUACGUGUUAUAUCUGUUUAUGAAAUAGUUUUUAAUUAACCUCUUCAACAGAAUAUGUUUAACGUAAUUGAAACAAUAUUGUAACGAAAUUAUGAGUCUUGAAAAGAAAGACAGCGAUUUGGACCAGUCUGUGUGUAGACCGAAAAGUGUGGAAGAAGCAGUUGGCUCACAUUAUGCACUCCAAGUGGCUCUUCAAACUAUGAAAGAAAGAUGUCAACAUUUACAGCAAAGGCUGGCGGCUGUUGAAGAAGAAAACCUUAAUUUACGUAUUGAAUACAGGAAACGAAAAUCAGAUUCAGCUUGUGCAACCGCAGAAAAUGCAUCAGAAAGUGAACCAGAGGACUCAAAACUCAAGAUUGACUGUCUGGAAGAGAAAGUGGCAAUGUUGACCCGCCAGAAGUCCCAGCUAACUCAUCACCUGUUCAUGGUAGCUACUGAAAACAGGCAGUUGUGGAACAGACUUUCGAAUCUUACACAAGCAAACCAGAAUCUUGGCAGCCAUCUGUCUAAAAUAUCUAGCACUCUGAAUCGACAUCAUUCAACUAACAGCAUAGUAAUACCAAAAUCACAAUUACCAGCAAGCAGUUUGUCACAUAGAGGUGAACUGAACUUGUCAUCAGACAAUGUGUUGACUAAAGGAAGAUAUAACGUAGCAAAUAAAGGCACAGAAGUUUCCGAGGAGAGUCUGGAGGAGAUUUCACUGAAACUUAUUAAAAGCUUUCUGCAAGAGAAAACAGAGCUUGAAGAACAGUAUGCACAGAUGGUGGAAAUUCAGAGCGACUCCUCUUUGUACAGCGUUCAGAACCUAGGAUAUGCAUACAUGGAGGAUGGUAAUGAAACUAUUGAAGACAUGAAGGACCACCACAAGAAGUUACUAGAGCUGAAGGCCAUGCUGAAAGAGCAACAAACCAUGAUGAUGGCUGCAAUUGCAAAUGUUGAAAGAAUAAAGAAAGUUACAGGUUGUGCAGUUCAUAACCCCUGCCAAGAGGAGCCAGAGGUGAAACAGACAUUAAAAGACAGUGAUGCAGAUAUCGAGGCUGAAGUGGAAAGCCUGAGGAAGUGGGGGAUUCCUGAUUGUACAUCCUAUAGUGAAGUUAUUCAAAGACAGCUGGACCAGGUGGCUGAGCCACCAUCAACCACAAGCAGUAUGACCACAUCCAGCAAGUAUAAGGAACACAUAUGCCCAAUGUGUGGCAAGCUAUACAAUCAUGGAAUUCCCUUUGAAAUGUUCCAGCAGCAUGUCUCAGACCAUUUUACUGAAGAAGAGUCAUACUCCAUAUUAACCAAUCCUGAAGUUACAACAUAACAUUUACUUUGAAACAUAGAGCAAGUAACAGUACAAACAAGUUGUUAAAGAGACUUAUACAAAGUAACACACCUAGUACCACAGCAGAGAUAUCUAGACUGUAAAUAACACUGCUUAUGUGCACAAUGGGUUC